UACUUCAAUGCCUGGCCAGUUUGCUCUUAAGAGAGAGAAAACUUGUUUGCCCAAGUCAAGGAAAAGACAAGGAAACCCACCUGGAGGACCUCGCAGCCUUCCUCUUCUCACUGACAGAGACAGAAGGCGAGGAGGGUCACCUGGCAAUGAAGGCCUCCAUUCAGGCUCUGACUCUCUGGGGGAAGCAAGCCCCAGCUCACAGCAUCACCGCCAUCCUGAUCAUGGAGGACCAGAGGACGAUCGUCACGGGCAGUCAGGAGGGGCCCCUGUGCCUCUGGCACCUGUCCCCAGAACUAAAGAUUUCAUCCAAACAAAUCCUCUUGGGCCACUCAGCAUCUGUGACAUGUUUGGCCAAAGCGAGGGACUUUGAGAAGCAGCCGUAUGUGGUCAGUGCUACAGAGAAUGGGGAAAUGUGCAUUUGGAAUGUCACCAGCGGCCAGUGCAUUGAGCACACCCAGCUCCCCUUUAGGCACACGGCUAUCUGUUAUUACCACAGCUCAUUCCGAAUGACAGGAGACGGCUGGCUUCUGUGUUGCGGGCAAUACAAUGAUAUCCUCCUCAUUGAUGCCAAAACACUGGCUGUCCUUCACACCCUGACAUCGUCUCAGUCUUCCAAUUGGAUCAGCUGCAUGUGCUUAGUUCACUCCCCACGGAUCCAAGAGGAUUCCUUAAUUGCUGUAUCGGCUUCAGGAGACCUCAAAGUCUGGGACUUGUCCUCCUCGGUGACCAGGAUACAGGAGAAGCAGCUUGUUGCUGAGAGGGAAUCCCAGCCCCUGGGCUGCACAUCGUCGUGCCACGCCAUCAGGUUCUGCACCUACACUGAAAGGCUCCUCUUGGCCGUCUUCCCAAGCUGCUGGAAGGUGUACGACUACUGUGAUUUUUCCUUGCUGUGGAGUGAAUCCAGCCCUAGCAGCCAAUACUGGGCAGGGGGAGAAGUCCUUGCAGCACACCGGCUAGUGGUUUGGACAGAGGCUGGCCGAGGCUACAUCUACCAGCUGCUGAACAGUUGCCUUUCCCGAAGCAAACACCCCUCCGACCGAAGAGUGCUCAAGGAAACUGUCUGUCCUCUUUUACUUUGUUCCACGGCUGUGAGAGAUAACGAGAGUUUCUCCUACGUGACGGGCUUUAUGAAUGAAAGAAAGGAACCCUUUUAUAAGAUCCUUUACUCUGGAGAUGCUUCUGGGAGAGUCACUUUGUGGCAUAUUCCUGAUGUGCCAGUUUCAACUCUGGAUGGCUCUCCAAAAGAGAUUCCCAUGGCAGCCUCCUGGACUCUUCAGGACCACUUUGAUGCCCACGGGUCUGUGGCUGAAAGCAUCCUGGACCAUCUCUGUGGGGCUGACCAGGGGGGCAGAAAGGUCCUCGGCUCUUCCAUAUACAUCCCCAGCCUUGAUAAGUUGGUGUGUGGCUGUGAAGACGGGAGGAUUUUCAUUGUCCCGGCUCUGCAGGCUGUCAGAACCAGGCUGUUGGAGGAAGAUACCUCUGAGCUGAAAGACCCCCUGCCUCACCGGAUCCUCACCGGCCACAGCAGCAGCGUGACUUCUUUGCUGUACCUCUGCGGCUGGUCUGCCCGCUUUGAUCCCAGCUGGCUGGUGUCAGGGAGCCAGGACUCCUGUGUGAUCUGGUGGGAUAUGUUUACGGGAGAGACUUUGCAUCAGUUCUCUCUGCAGGCUGGCCCUGUCAAUCUGCUGCUGUCUUCAGAGAACUACAGGUUCAAAGGCCAGAGGAUUGUGUGCUGCCUGUGCAGUGACCACUCGGUGGCGCUGCUGCACUUACAAGAGCGAGCCUGUAUCUUGCAUGCCAGAAAGCACCUGUCCCCUGUGAGGAGGCUCCGGUGGCACCCGCUGGAAAACCUCUUGGUGGUAGGAUGUGAAAACGACUCCGUUUCUGUUUGGGACAUCGAGACAGGAAUCCUAGAACGGCAGGAAACUGGGGAAGUGGCCAAAGCAGUCCUUGCUGGCUGUGAAGACUCCCCUCUUUCCACGGCGGAUUCUCUGCUCCCCACCUUUGAGGAUGACUCAGACAAGCCGAAGAAUGCUGGCGGCCCCCCCUCCAGCUCCUGCAAACUCAGCACACUUCCCCACAGCAGCCUCCCUCCUCGAGAGAAGCCUUCCCAUCGGCUCUCCUCAGUUAGCCAGGCCUCGUGGCCUUUUACCAUCUUGCCUGUAAAGACAAAAUGGGAGAACAGAAAUUUCCACAUCCUUCUCUUUGAUCUGGAAAAUCUCACCGAACUGCUGCACUCGUCUCAACUCAAUGGCCUGAAGUUCUCCAGCUCGCUCCACAGCUGUGAUGCCCUGGAGAGGGCCAAGAGCACAGCUGAGAAAGGGGGGGCGCUGCUUUUAAGAAGGAACAAGACCACCACUGGGACCCUCGCUCUCUACAAUGGCCCUGGAGAGGAGCAGGGCUGUGGGGACGUCCCUUCAGCUGGCUGUCUGGAGCAAGGCGGAGGCCUCAAAUGGCAGAAGAAGGCCAAGAGCUCCAAGAAGACGAGGCAUCAGCCUGCAGGGAGAGUCAACAUGGACAUUGUCACAGACACAGCCAGGCUUCUCCUGGCAUGCCUCUUGCCUUGGGGGGUGGACAGAGAGACUGACCGCCUCUGUGUCCAGCACUUCGGCCUCUCCAGGUGUCUUCUGCCAGUCUCCUUUGGACUGCUCUCCAAAGACAGUCGCCUGUCUCUGAUGUUGCCAGGGUGGAGCCAUGCAAACUCUCAACUGUGGGACCAGCCCAACCAGCCAGGCUGUGUGUUUUCCAGCAAAGUGCUAGAUUUGCGGAACAAGUACCUGAGCGCAGCCCAGGAAGCCACGGGAAAGCCCAGCAGACGUACAAGAAACAGUGGGGGCUCCCCAGAGGGACCCCCUACCCUCAUCUCUUUACUCAGCAGGAUAUGCUUGGUCAAGAAGAUAAUCAGCAUGCCUUUGGACAGGAGCAGCAUACAGAAGGCAGAGUCAGUCCGCACCAAGUGGAGAGCUGCCCAGUCGGUUGGGACCACCAGCUCCUAUGAGGAGUCCUCUGAGGGCACCUUUGGAUUUCCUGUCUGUGAUGCUGAGAAUAUCUCACUGGUCAAGCUUAUUUCUUGCUGGAGAGACCAGUCCGUUGAGCUGCAACCCCUGUUGUGCAGCAUGACAGCUCUCCAUCCCCUGAAAUCUUCCCAGGAGGAGAAGACGUCUCUGAUGAGCAAAACAUCUUGGAAGGGCCAGAUAACCGAGGUGAGAAGAAGCCACAUCCUUGGAUGUCCAAGGUGUGUUCUUGUAAAAUGUGCUAGCAGACAGUAUUGUUUCCCCAGCAAGCCCAGAAGAGAAGGCAGAAAGGGAGCCAUCAGAAAAGCAGACUUGCGAGUGAGCCCUGGAAGCCUGGCCAGAAGCGCGGCUGCACUGAUCCUGCUGGGGAAGAAGAGGUGGGCGCUGCUGGCCGAAGGCUAUUCUGUCCACAAAGAGCAAAGCUUAGAGCACCAUUCGUAA